AUGAAAGUCGAAGAAAAUGUCAAGAUGGUUGCAUCAGAAGUUCCAAUUUUAUUUAGCUUAGCCGCCGAGAAAUUUAUUGAGGAGUUUACUCUGAGGGCGUGGAUGCAUACCGAAGAAUCAAAGAGAAAGAUUUUGCAGGCUACAGAUAUUGCCAAGGCUGCAAAGACGACAUCUAUGUACGACUUUCUUAUGUAUAUUUUGCCUGAUGAGGAGGCUGGAUUGGUAAGACGGUCUAAAAAUGAGAACAAUGCCAUAGAUACAUCUGAAGAAUCUGAAGAAGAUUAA